CGCGAUAGUAGCGGCAGCUGAGAUCCUAGGAGCAGAGCAGGAAAACUUGACAUGUCAACAAAACAGAUAAAUUAUCACCACACAGGCAUGUAAGGUGUGUGCUGCUGUGGAAUACGCCUUGAACGGGGUCACCUCACCUGGACCUACACCUACAUCUCCUCCACCAGCAUCUUCACCUUCUGUUUCCAUGACAACCCCUCCGCUAGUGUCGCCUUUUGGUGGGCAACCUCCGCCGCCGCAGCAACAGCAGCAGGCCCAGGCAGCACGGGAUGUGAACACGGCCUCGCUGUGCCGCAUUGGCCAGGAGACGGUCCAAGACAUUGUCCUCAGAACCAUGGAGAUCUUCCAGCUCCUUAGGAACAUGCAGCUGCCUAAUGGAGUGACUUACCACCCCAACACCCACCAGGACAGGCUGGGGAAACUCCAGGAGCACCUACGGAUGCUUUCUGUGCUGUUCCGCAAGCUGCGCCUCGUCUACGACAAAUGCAAUGAAAACUGCGCUGGGAUGGACCCCAUACCUCCAGAGCAACUGAUACCCUUUGUGGAGGAUGACAGCUCAAAACACGAGGAUCGUUCGGCCGCCCAGAGCCGCCCUGCCACCGAGGAGAGGAGAGAAAUCCUGGAGGUCAACAAGAAGCUCAAGCAGAAGAACCAGCAGCUGAAGCAGAUUAUGGACCAGCUCCGCAACCUCAUCUGGGAGAUCAACUCCAUGCUGGCUGUCAGGAGCUGAGCCACACACGCUCGAAUAGAAAUUCAUAUAUAACACACACACACACACACACACACACUCAUACAUUUACAAUAAAUAAUGGACUAGAAGAUACAGUCGGUAACUGGACAUGUGACAGGGUCCCACAGACGAGCAGAGGCUGCACUUUACAGAAGAAAUGGGGACUUUGGCAAUAUCAACCCCGUUUCCUGAAGAAGAUGUGAAACAAUAUAGGCAAAACAAGAGGAGACAAAUGAACACACCCACAGCUAGAGAGGUGAGGAGACACCCGAUAAAACACUGGGAGAGAGGGUGCCGGUGACAUCAGUGUGGACGAUGGCAGAAAAUAUUCUGUCUACCUCAAUAUUCUACAUUUCAAUCAGCAUUAUGACUAAAUUAAUCAGAAGAGUUGAUAUAUUAUGUUUUAUCUAUUUGUAGGUACUAGCUCAAUAGAGGGAUUAUGCCUGUAGAGACACAUUGAUAUAUUAUAUCUAAUCAUUUAAUUCUGUAUAUCUGUUACUUGUCGAUUUCAUAGUAUUAGUAGUGUGUGAAGUCCUAAAUUUGAAAGGUUUUUAUACGGCCCCUAAAAACUAAUAAGAAAGGCAUACACUGUGGCACAAUUAUGAAUCUUAUUCUUACUAUACUGAUCUGCUUUUUUAUUUGAUGUAAUAUGUAAACUCAUCAGUAUUCUGAUCUGAUUGGACAUGGCAUUACAAUACCUUGUGAAGGAUUCUGCUGAACUAUAAAUCUCGCUGUGAUUUUUAAAAAAAGUCAAAGCAGUUUUGUGCUGUCGUUUUCAUUCAUUUGUGUAUCUGUUGUGUAUCUGGCCUGUUUUUAAUCAAGCAUCUCAGAGUCACUCCUAAGAAAAGUCUAGGACUAAAAAAACCUCAGUUUAGUAGUUUUAUGACACUUGUAGAGACGUGUUGACAAUUGUGGGUUGAAAUAUUUAACAAUGGUAACAUCCAAAAGCAGCACUUUUUAUGUGUAUUGGUAAGUGCAAAUUGGCAUAUAAAUGCAAAAAUAUGAUGCCAAAACUAAUUUAAGAGCUUAGAUCUUGUUAUUUAUUAGUAAGCUAUUCUCAUGAGGCUCUAAGUAAACAAUGACAAACCACUCAGGUAGCUUAAACAAUAAUUGUAGUAUAUACAAUUUAAACUAGUAGACAGUUUGAUUCAGAUGUGUGAUAUAUCCUAGUCAGCAUUAAUCCAAUGCCUACAUUGGAUGUUGUCGUAAACAUGGCUAUGGGCAUUAAAAAUUAACUCAUCUUUAA